ACAAAUUUUAAUUGUUUGGUCGGUAAACAAACAAAAAUUAAAUAUUUCGGAAUUUGUACAUACAAUAACAGAAGAAUGCAUACCAACGUGGAUAGCAGGGACCUAAAGUGUCGCAUCUGCUUGGUGCAGCCUAAGGAUGAGUCUCUCAUGCCCACGGAGCCAGAUUUUCCAGAUCAAAUCAAACGCUGCACGGGAGUUGAAUUGAGCGAGAGUCCCGACUGGCCCAAUCGCAUCUGCACCAGCUGCGCCCUGCUGCUCAGAGCGGCCCUCAAACUCAGAUCCCUUUGCCAGCAGACGGAGAAGGACCUGAAGGAGCAGAAGCUGCAGGAGAUUAACAUAGAGAUUGUUCACGAUGAGCAGGAGACGAACAAGAAGAAAAGUGAAUCAAGAGACCUGUCCAAGAAUGAGGCUAACGGUAGCGACAGCGAGUUAGAGUACGAGUACCUAGAGUCAUACGAUGUAACGCUGGAGAACAGCGAGGAUGUGGCCUAUAGUGCCGAUGAAUUGGUCAGCAUAGAGCCUGCCAUCUCUGCUCCAGAGGAAUCUGUCUGUUCACUCAGUCCCAAACCGGUAACUUUUGAGGACGAGGACUGUGGACAGGCUGCUUCCUUCAGCUGCAGCAUAUGCAACAAUGUCUACUCAGAGCGCGUAAAGUUGACCAACCACAUGAAGGUCCACAGUGCGGAGAAGCCACACGAAUGCGAAAUCUGCCACAAACGUUUCCGCCAGACUCCGCAGCUGGCGAGGCACAUGAACACGCACACCGGUAAUCGCCCCUACAAAUGUGACUACUGCGACUCCAGGUUCGCCGAUCCCUCCACUCGCAUUAAGCAUCAGAGGAUCCACACCAACGAACGACCGUACAAAUGCGAGUUCUGCAGCAGGUCCUUCGGCUACUCCAACGUCCUCCGGGUUCAUCUGAAAACCCAUACGGGUGAACGACCAUUUAGCUGCCAGUUCUGCCAGAAGUCCUUCUCCCAGCUGCACCACAAAAACACCCACGAAAAGUCACACAAAAGGACGAAAGGGAUGAAAACAUGUCAGUGACUAAGACGAAACAUUAAAGUGCAAAUUACAAAAGUUUCUCGUUAAA